GAGUUGUAUAUAUUCCUUAUCAACCCAUUUAGCAAUAGACGUCUUCUGAGGUUUAUAUUCCUACAUCUACAACACUUUAAAUUACAUUUGCCUGGUUCUAAAUCCUUUAUCGAGUAUUAAUUAUGGCCGACAACUCAAGCAGCCCGGCCUAUUACGGUGCAACUCCAUCCAAGCCAGCCCAUCAUUUUACUGAAAACCCACCAACAAGUGACCCAGCUGAUAAGAAAAGCCUCCAAGAUUACCGCCUCCAAUUAUUCAAGGACGGACCGAACAGUGUACCUCUCGUAGAUGAUCGUACACCUAGCUCGGAUAAUUCGCAAGCUUCUCAUGAGGCCAAGGUUGCUGCCGAGUUGGAAGCGAUCCUAGCUCGCCUUGGUUAACUUGCAGAUGAUGUUAUCUAUUGACUUCAAGCAAGGACAGCGGGUGGGAAUUAAGAGCCCAUCUAUUAGGUCCUCCCAGCCAGCCGACCCAAGGCGAGGGCGAAGGAGGUGAUGUCAACCUAUUUUAUCUAGCUGCGCAACAGUGUCGAGGAGGUAGCCGUGGAGGAGCUAG